AAGACAAAUCAGUAGGUGGCAGCAUGCACCAAUAAUAAUUGUAUGCAAACCGCCAUAAUACCGAAGAAGAAGACGUUUUGUUGCUUUUCAACAGCCCUUCUCGCAGGAAGUGUGAAUGCCCUAACAUCUAGCACGGUUGCAUUGCUGUAAAAUUCCACUGCAGACGUCGGAUUGAACAUACACUGGUUCCCUGCACGGACAGCGCUGCUGUAAUCAGUCUGGUAUUCUAUAGGCUUCCUUUACUGGGCCUUAGUUUUAAUUGUCUAUCUGGACUCUUGAAGAGGACGUUGUUCCAACAGACUCUCGGCUAGAGUUAGACGAUAACAGAUAACAGGAUUCUUGGUGAAUAGGGCUUUAAACGUUUAUACUUUAAUAGAUCAGGUCAAAUCUAUGUGAGAUUAGCCUACAUCACAUUUAUUUGUCACCACUAAAGUUUUGAUAUUGAAAAGGACGUCUGAUCGCUCUGAUCUGGCUGUUUAAAAAAAAAAAUCUGAAUUCUGCAACAAAGAAAGUAACUGUAGUGUAGGAUAGCUACAGAUUUACUGUCAUGUUUUUAUUUGAAGAAAGAAUAGCUUCCACGAUGGAUCGGGACAAAGCUAGUCCGUCCCCCUCCAACCUGCCGGAGUCCCCUGGUCACAACUCUCCUGGUAGCGCCUUACUGCUGGAUCUGAAGAGGGUGUCUGUGUGGCUGGUCGACUGCAGGAAAACACCAGGGCAGAGUGGAACUGUGAGAGAAGGACAGGAGGAGGGAGAUUUGAUUUCAUCAAGUGACACCCCUAACUGUCGUUCUCUCAGUGGGAGGAGCUUAUCUGGAGGGCCUCAACAACAUGUUACUGACGUGACAGAGAAGAGUCUCUCCAGAUCAGAACACCUCAAGAAACACCAGCAGAGAUGUAGAGGGAAGAAACCUCACCACUACUGCUCUGACUGUGGGAAGAGUUUCACUAGCAGGAGUGGCUUCAUUAUGCACCAGCGGAUUCACACCCGAGAGAAACCGUACUGCUGCUCUCAGUGUGGGAAGAGUUUCACCUGUGCAGGAGGUCUUAAAGUACACCAAAGAAUCCAUACUGGAGAGAAGCCUUACAGCUGCCCAGAAUGUGGGAAGUGUUUUACUGCUUCUAACGCCUUCAAAUAUCAUUUGCGAAUUCAUACAGGGGAGCGGCCUUACCCCUGCCUUGAUUGUGGAAAGAGCUUCAACCAGUCAUGCAACCUGACGACACACAAGCUAACACACACUGGAGUGAAGCCUUAUAGCUGUGAUCAGUGUGGGAAGAGCUUCAAUCAGGCAGUCCACCUGACCACACACAAGCUAGCACACUCUGGAGUGAAGCCUUACAGCUGUGAUCAGUGUGGGAAGAGCUUUGCUGUAGCUUCCACCCUGAAUAGACACCAGGUAACACACACAGGAGUUAAGCCUUAUAGCUGUGAUCACUGUGGGAAGAGCUUCUCUGUAGUUUCCUCCCUGAUUAGACACCAGGCAACACACACUGGAGAGAGAACUUAUGUCUGUCUCUGUGGGAAGAGCUUUGCUCUAGCUUCCAACCUGACUACACACCAGCGAACACACACUGGAGAGAAACCUUAUAGCUGUGAUCAGUGUGGAAAGAGCUUUGCUGUAUCAGAAAAACUAACUAUUCACCUGCGAACACACACAGGAGAAAAGCCUUAUAGCUGUGAUCAGUGUGGGAAGAGCUUCAGUCAAUCAGUACACCUGAAUACACACCAGCGAACACACACAGGAGAGAAUCCUUAUAGCUGUGAUCAGUGUGGAAAGAGUUUCAGUCAAUCAGGGACCCUAAAUUCACACCAGCGAACACACACUGGAGAGAAACCAUAUGUCUGUUUUUGUGGGAAGAGCUUUGCUCAUUUAGGGCCAAUGAAAAAACACCAGAAAACUAAAACGUGCCAUAUUUCCUCUCCCUCCUAUCUGUCACCGGUUCCAGAUCCAUAAAUAAAGGAUCAAUAGAAAACAUAUAUUGAACAGUCAUAUCCAUCUCCCAUUAAACAGUUGCUUUAGUCUGAUCACCAUGGUAACCUCUGUGCAGCAUAAUAUGCAGCUCUGAUCUGUCUGAACCUGUGAUUUAUUAAAAUGAUCAAUAAUACAUUGGAUAAUAAUAUCCAUGAGGUUCAGGUAAUAACUAUGCAUACUGUCUCUUGUAACAAUGGUUAAUGUAAUAACUUUUAGAUGUAUGUAAUAAAACUGGUAAAUGUAAUGUCUUGUUGGUUAAUAUGAUAACAUGUUGAAUUGUAGUAAUAAAUUACUCCAUUUAAUG